GACGUGUGACGUCACCGCUGCUCUGCUUCCUUCUUCCGGGAUCGAGAGUCACCAAACAUCAUCCGCCGAGUGAAAUAAUGUCUCAUCAAACGGGUAUUCAGGCGGCUGAAGAGCUGAAGGAUGUUUUCGGCAGCGCCAGGAAUGGACAGCACAGACUCCUGAAGAUCGUCAUAGAAAAUGAGGAGCUGGUUCUGGCCCUGACUGAAGCCUGCUCUGGUAGUUGGGAGGAAGACUACGAGCGUCUGCUUCUGCCGGCGCUGGAGAAAGACCUGCCGUGCUUCAUCCUCUUCCGGCUGGACUCCAGCAACAGCCUGGGUCAUGAGUGGGUCUUCAUCGCCUGGUCACCUGACCACUCGCCUGUUCGGCACAAGAUGCUGUACGCCGCCACCAGAGCCACGCUGAAGAAGGAGUUCGGCCUCGCACACAUUAAAGAUGAGAUGUUCGGCACCGUCAAGGAUGAUGUUUCUCUGAGCGGAUACAAGAAACACGUCACAGCUCAAUCGGCCCCUGUACCACUGACAGCAGCGGAGGAGGAACUGCGACAGAUUAAACUCAGCGAGAUCCAGACAGAUAUUCACGUGAACACUACGAAGCAGACUCUUCAGGGCGUGGCGUUCCCUCUGGACGGAGAGGCCUUAACCGCGUUACAGAAGUUCAAGGACAAGAAAAUCAACUAUGUUCAGCUGAUCAUCAACUUUGAGCAGGAGCUGAUCAUGCUGUCGAACACGGACGCCACGGAGGUGAAAGACUUGCCCCGGAGGAUCCCGAAAGACGCGGCGCGAUACCACUUCUUCCGCUACAAACACUCGCACGAGGGCGACUACCUGGAGUCUGCAGUGUUCAUCUACUCCAUGCCGGGCUACAGCUGUGGGAUCCGUGAGCGCAUGCUGUACUCCAGCUGUAAGAACCCUCUGCUGGACAUGGUGGAGAACACACUGCACAUGGAGGUGGAGAAGAAGUUGGAGAUCGAUAACGGCGACGAGCUGACGGCUGACUUCCUGUACGACGAGGUUCAUCCCAAGCAACACGCGCACAAGCAGGCCUUCGCUAAACCGCGCGGGCCACCGGGCCGGAGGGGCGACCGCAGGAUCACGCGGCCCGCCGACGACUAGCCUAGCCUUAGCGUUAAACCCAAGAGGCCACCAAGCUGUCGAGCGCGUACUUCCCACAAUCCCCUGCAGGAAGCCAUGCGCUGAACUAUGCACCAUUACACAAACGCCCAUCAUGAGGAGUGCUUCAAUUCAGCGACUUUCCUAUUAACCCGAACAAAGAAUUAUUUUAACAAAUGAUCAAUGAAACUCAGAAAAGCUUUUGUGAUUUUAAACCGUGCCAAACUCAAGAUCGAAACAUUCGCCAUUCCUUUAUCCAGUCUUAUUUUGUUACAUUGUCGUACAUUGUCUUUUUUUACCAAACACGAGUCACAUGUUCAUCUUGCUCACGUCUGACGGUUCGAAACGAACUCACGUCACGUACUUUUUUACCGCAUUCACAUUUUUUGAUAUGACCGUGUUUCGUUCUCAAGUUCCAGGAUGCUCAUUUUUCUAUGCAAUUUUGUUUGAACAUGUUUUUGUCUCUUGUGUUUCCCACUCAACUGUGAAGCCGCAUCAGGACACAGACUUAUUCAGUUGAAAGUAUGUUAAAAGGGAAGACGUGUGUGUGUGUGCGUGUGUGUGUGUGUGUUCACUGCUAGGUCAGAACUAUGUUGAGUAUCUACUGUCGUUUGGCAAACCACUGUUGAACAUCUGUGCUGACGCAGACGCUCCGGCGCUUCACAUGUAGCCUGUCUGUGUUCAGACGUCUCAAAUACUUGGUUUUUAGAGAAAAAUAAAGUAUUUAAAUCAUUGAA